CUUGUCUGUCCUUCCUCUUCGCCUUGUAGCGACCGCUCCGAAUUAUUCUCAGACUUGCGAAAUCGAAAACUAAUCAAGUCACUGGUGGGUUGUUCUCUGGUGUCUUGUCCCGAGCGGACACCGCGGCGAUCGUCGUAAUGCAGGUCCAGCCUGAUAGCUUUGAGCAUUUCGUCCGUUUGAUAUAUAACCUCGGUCAGACGAGACCGGACGCCCAUACCCAAUCGAAAGACCGGUUCAAAGCCUUCUUGCGAUCCCUGCCCUGCCCGCUACCUCGACGAUAUGGAACCCACCUGUUCCGGCUCCUCUUUCCGCAUUUCAUGCCGAGAAGGAGGUAUCAGAUGAAGGAGACCGUUCUCGCUAGAAAGUUUUGCGAUGUCAUGCGCCUGAACGAGGUGCAGGCCGGGUCUCUGUAUGGCUGGAACGAAGGGGUUGGGGGAAGGGGGACGAGCGGGUGCUUAGGGGAAGAGGUUGAGAGGGUCAUAAGGAAUGUGAUGAGUAUCAGGGCAACAGGCAAGGUGUCAAACGUUUCGCUGGCAGAGAUCGACAAUCUCUUAGACGAACUAGCAAGCCAUUCGCCGUUCUCACAAGUCGGUGACGCUCAACAUCCAUCACCCCGCUCACAAACCGAUAUCCUCUACGACCUGUUCAUCCGCUCCAACCUCUCACCCUACGCAUGUUCCGUCCUCACCCAGAUCAUCCUGACCGACCUCCGACCGUUGCUUUCUCCCCUUCCACCAGAAGCUCUGAACUUUACAACAGCUCUGCUUGUGGAACACAAGGCGGUUCCGCAAUUGGACAUCUUCGAAGCGCUGGAACUGUGGGAUUGGGAAGCGCGGCUAUUGCACAAGGUAUGGGGCAACUUGGAUGUGGUUCUCGACGAGAUAGAAUCCCGGGGCGGUGGAGCAGGAGGACGACAACGGCCAGCUUUGGGCCUGAUAUCCAAUCCAGUUGAUCUGGUCAGACCUGGGAUUAAUGUCGAGAUACCCAAGUGCGAGAAGGGUCGGUCCAUUCACUCGGCCUUGAAGAUGAUCGCCGGCCCGUCGGGUGACCGCACGAAGAAGAUCUGGGCAGAGACAAAAUACGAUGGGAUUAGAGUGCAAAUACACGUCUGGUCUGAGCCCGAUGACCGACCGCAGAUUCGCCUUUUCUCGAAAUCCAAGCGGGAUAGCACGAUGGACAGACUUGCUUGUCAUUCCAUCAUCAUGGCUUCUCUGGAUUACGAUAUCCAUUCAGAGCUACCUUGCCACCCUGAGCUUCUUCAGAGAAUAAACACAAUACCAAAACUCAGCCGGUCGGACAAAAUCAGAUCGAUCAUCCUUGAAGCGGAACUUUUACCUUACAAUGAGACUUGUCGUGGGCAAGGUCGGGGACCUGGAAUAGAAGAGUUUUGGAAUCUCAGUAGAAUCAGGUCUAACGACCAUUCGCAUCACCGGCACUAUUAUCUUGCCUUUUUUGAUAUCUUGUACCUUGACGGGGUGCCUCUCUUGAAACACCCUUAUGCUACCCGACGACAACGCUUGGAAGAGGUCGUGCAUGCAAUUCCCGGAUUUAGUCAACUCGCAGAGCGAUACCCAAUAGAUCUCUCUCAGGGGAACGAAGUUGCAAAACAACAGUUGGCGACCAUAUUCGCAGCCUCAAACGGACGUAUAGAAGAGGGUCUGGUACUCAAAGCUUCAGAGUCUCCGUAUAAUGACUCGCGCUUGCGAUGGGUCAAACUCAAGCGUGACUAUAUACCUGGAAUGGGCGAUUGUGUCGACCUAGCUAUAAUAGGAAUGGGCUGGGACCGGGACAGAGCCAGAGAAUUGCGAGUCGGUACAUCAGUCCUGACGAGUUUAUACGCGGCGGUUCUCACCAACCCAGAAGAGGUGCUAUCUCGUCAGCAAGUGCCUCAUUUCGAAGUCCUCUUCACCGUCUCUUACGGCUUGAACAGGGAUCAGCUGGAGCGCGUCAAUCGAGAUGUGGAGCUGGGCAAGAUACCCUCAAGGCACUGGCGUAAUGGCGGCAGGUAUUGCCAGAGUAUACCGGGAAUGUCGUAUCGUCUGACCUUGAGGCAUGAUUCUCCACCGCCAAGCGUCGUGUUCAAUCAGCCACUGAACGCGGAGCUCAUGGGCGCAGGCUUUCAAAAGCUGCCAGAAUCCAGGUAUCAUGCGUUGAGAUGGCCACGCGUAGAAAAACUGCACCUGGAUCGAUCCUGGACAGAGGCUUUAUCGGGACUAGAAUACCUGGCUGCAUGUCUCAAAGCUCUUGGACAUAUGGACCGAGACAAUACCAUUUUCGCUGCGCAACGCCAGGCGGGUCUCGAAGCAAGUCUGACUCGGGUCGUUUGUGCACAUCACCUCUCUGGGACCGACAUCGUGGACUUGUCGCCUUUCAAGCCUCGGACCGCGCUUGUGAUCAAGUCCGAAUCCCCAUCUCCGAGAAAGCCACUGCGCGCUACGAAAUCACUGCCGGACCCCAAAGGACACAAACACACUGCCCAACAAACAACAACAACCAAACGACCUGAGCAUUCCCCUUCAAAAGGUGAAAGGGUCCUGAAAAUCAGCCGACGCAGGAGUUUUCCGCGUGUACAUACCAGUCGGCGCUUGACCAAAACCUCAUCUGGACUUCUGCCGGCGCUCGAUAUAUCAACCGCUCCACGAAGUGGUACUCUUGACUGGACUGGGCUCUGAUAGACCUGAUGCAAGGAGAUGCAGGGCCUGGUUUUACAACGCUAUUGCUGUUAGAAUCGAUUCUAGCCCAACGGCAACACUCAGAAACAGCCUCAUCGGAACCAUACCGACCGGUAAAAU